AUGGCAGUCGAGGCAGAAGCUUCUGCCCAGAUAGAUCCAAAAAUGGUAGGACACUCCUUUGUGGAGCAGUACUACAAGAUUCUUCAUCAAAUACCUGAUCAGGUUCACAGAUUUUAUCAGGAAUCUAGCUUUCUAAGCCGCCCUAGAGGAACAGACGGCGUCAUGGUCUCCACAACAACUCUUAAAGGAAUAAGUGAGCAAAUAGACGUCCUGGAUUACCAGAAUUAUUUGACAGAGAUAGUGACUGUGGAUGCUCAAGGUUCCUAUGGCGGUGGAGUGACUGUUUUGGUCACUGGUUAUUUGAUUGGAAAGGAUUCCGAUGAAAGAAAAUUUGCUCAGUCAUUUUUUCUAGCCCCACAAGAGAAUGGUUUCUUUGUUUUAAAUGAUGUUUUUCGGUAUGUUGAUGAAAAGCAACCAUUAGGAAUGCCCAUCUCCAUUACCAUUAACGAAGUUGAAACUGCUACCUCUCAUCCUGAGCCAACUGAAGUUCCUAAUCAUUCAUCUGUAUCUGAGGAUACUCAGGAGGAAUUAGUCACUGACACAGUACAAAAUGGCAAGGCUUCAGCGCCUGAACAGCAGAAAGCAGACAAUAAUGUAGUAAAUCAGACUGUGCAAACAGUCAGCAUUGGAAACGAUUUGCCGGUUUCUCCCAAGACUCUUCCGAGUAAUGCUCAAACUGUCACAGGAAAUGAUUCUCCCAAAAAAUUGCAGAAAAAUGCUCAAAAUGGCCCUGGAACCAGUUCUCCUAGAGCUAUCAAGAAUAGUACUAUUCAAACUGCCCCUAAAACAGAUUCUACCAAAACACAGAGUAAAACACAUUCUCCCCAGACGCUUCAGAAUAACGUCGAAGCUGUCAUUGGCAACGUUUCUCCUCGAGGCACCGUUCAGAAUGGAAUUCAAAUUGUAACCGAUACCGAUUCCCCCAGGACAACAGUCCAGGAUGAUGGCUCCAAGAAAUCCUUUGCAUCAAUAGUUAAUAAGUUGAAGGACAAUAGUGCUCCAUUCCAAGUUCGUGUUCCACCUCCCACCUCAAAACUGUCGCAAGGAGCUGCAACGUCCAAGACAUCCCCUCGUAUCAGCAGCAUCAUCCAGCCUUCAGCCAAGAGUGCAUCUAUUUUUGUUGCAAAUUUGCCUUUGGAUGUGACAAUUGAUCAAGUUAGACAAGUCUUUGCGAAAUUCGGGCCUAUUAAAGCUAAUGGUGUCAGAGUUAGAACUAACCAGCUUCGACCAAAUUGUUUCAGCUUUGUAGAAUUCGAAUCUGCUAAUUCCGUGCAAAAUGCACUUAAGGCUUCUCCUAUCACAUUUGGUGAUCGAAAAGUUUUCAUCGAAGAGAAAAAAGGCGAACUUGUUGCUACUUCUAAAGGACCAGGAAAUGAUAGUACUACUCCUGUGAGACGAAACGAGGUCAUUGUGAACUCUAAUAAUGGAAGGAAACCCCAAGAAAUUGGUACCGUCGGAUGCGUCGGAAUCAAUAGCCCAAGGGCUCAACUGAAUAAUGAGGUUGGACGAGUUCAGAGCAAAGCAAAUCAAAAACAGGCUGGAAAGUAG